AUGCUUUCAUUGUCUAAUUUGAAAUUUCCCUGUGUUGAAAUUGGUACUAACGUUUUAGUUCCUGAAGUUGAUAGAGGACGUGCAGCACCCAGGAAUGUUAUAUGUGUUGUUAUGAGCAUUAAUCCAUCAGGUCUCUACCAGUUAGGAAACAAGGAAAGUACACUCGACAGACUUUAUGCACGUAAUGAAUUUACACUUUCUGAAACCAACUUUAUUAACAUUUGUGAUGUGCCCUCAACUACAUCGUUAACACUUCGCUCGGCAUCUAUGUUAUCGUCUGGAAGUAAGGAAAAAGUAUAUUUUCUUAUCCUGGUUUUGAAUUUUGGAUACAACAGUGCAGUACGAUUGCAUAAACUCUUCCUAUUUCUAGACGGAUUUAAAUCUGAACACGAUUUAGAAGGAUUCCUCCACGUAGGCAAUGACUACGUAGUGUUUCUUAGAAAACCCAGUUCACAUGCCAAGUUCCUGAUAUACGAACUUUAUGAAGCAAAUAACGUUAACGCUGAUAGCAAUAACCCAAGAUUACUCGCAAUAUCAAAAGUACCUGUUACGUAUAUAAAAGAUCAACUGAAGACUUUUAGGAGCGAGUUAUAUAAAGCUAAGUAUGUUGAUGAUAAUAUCGUGCCUGGUACUCAAGUGAAGACGUUAAGAGAAUGGCAGAUAGAUAGAACGUUGAACUUACAAAACAAAGGACUAGAUGCUAAGAAACCUGUGCUGAGAGCUCUUAUUGUGUGA